AUGGCUUCUAUGAACCGAUCGCCUGUCUACGAUGAUCACUCCUCUGGUUCCGAGCGAAAGCAGUCCACGCCCGGGGCCAAAAAGCGGCCUUCCAGAGCUGGCACCCGCAGCGUUACCACGCUGACGGCUGCACAACUCGAGCGCAAGAGAGCAAACGACCGCGAAGCACAGCGAGCCAUCCGUCAACGGACCAAAGACCACAUCGAAAGUCUCGAGCGCCAAGUGCGUGAUCUCACUGCGCAAAUUGGUACCAACAGCUCCACCAAGAUGAUGGAGCUGAUGCGGCGGAACGAGGAGCUGGAGCAAGAGAACGCAUUGCUUCGAGCGCGACUUUCUCAUGCCGGACAGGCAUUAGGUAUGCUUGAAGGCGCAGGCGCCCCGUCGCCUAGCGAUCGCAUCCAAAUAUUGAGUCACGCGCGUCGUUCUUCAACGGGAACCGCCAGGAGCGUCCACUCUGUGCCUGAGAUUACCACGACGCCGGUGGCCCAACCUGCGCCAUGGCAGCAACAGCAGCAGCACCCUCAGCCGCCCCAGCACCAGCAGCACGCCUACUCACCUAAUGUACCCUCGCCUCAUGUCGAGCACCCCCCGACAAAUUGGAGCUCUCAUCCAUCCGCACACCCUUCCCAGCACCCGGUGUCGCUUUCAGUGCCAGAUUCAUCCUUGCAUGCUGUGGAAUCUGGAAACAUGCCGUAUCCUACCCCGUACUCAAUGGAUCACAAUACUAGGGCCAUGUCCUACCCUCUGGAGAAUGCAUCGCUCGUCACGUCCCAAGCCAUGCAGAUCGGUGGUUAUAAUACGCCGACAUCGAAUCCUUCGGCCCACUCCUCAGAUUAUCACAGGCAGAUGAGCGUUCCAAUGAACAAUGCAUCACCGGCCGGACACGGUCAGCAUCCGCACUCAUACUCCAGUCCUGCACAUCACGGUUACGUUCCCCAAAGCAGCCACCCAGGAGAGAUGCAUAUGAUGGCUCCCGCCUCGCAUCAACAGUCCCACAUGGUCAACGAACAGGGCCAGAUGAUGUAUCAUCUCCCGCCGCACAUGAAGGUUGAGCACUAG